AUGGGUCAGACAGAGAGCAUCGAUGAUGAGGAAAUUACUCUUCAAGACAUUCAGGAGCUCUACCGCAAAUUUGCCUUUGAAUGCCCGAGUGGAAACCUCCACCUGCACGAGUUCAAGCGGAUCUUCGGUGUGAACUGCACCUCCAGGGCGGAGGAGGCCGCCUACAUGGAGAACGUGUUCCGGUCCUUCGACACCAACCAGGACAACAAGAUUGACUUCAUGGAGUACGUAGCGGCCAUUCACCUGGUCCUCCGAGGGAAGCUGGAGGACAAGCUCAAGUGGUCCUUCAAGGUGUAUGACAGCGAUGGCAAUGGCUGUCUGGACAGGAGGGAAGUGAAGCAUGUGCUGACAAUUAUCUACAUGCUGAAGAAGCAUAAUAACCCCGCUCCCCAAGCCAAGGUGGAGGACAUCUGUGACCGGAUAUUUGAACUGGUCGAUGUCAACAACGAUGAGCGGAUCUCUCUAGAGGAGUUCAUGGAGGGAGCGCAGAAGGACCCGUGGGUCCUGGAGCAGCUCAAACUGGACAUUACGCCGUGUGGCUGGUUCCUGAACAGCAAGACGAGGUCCUGA